GUCCGGGAGUAGCUGCGCUGCUUUUCCCGGGGCCUUCCCUUUUUUUUCUUUUUUUUUCUUCUUUUUCUUGCUCUAUCUUCCGUCUCGACGACGCCAAGAUCUGCUUCGAGGUAUACUUGGCCCCGUUGCGAUAUCAAACCCCACGACAGAGACUGCUUUUGUCCUGAUCGCCGACCAAAACGCGAGCGAGCACCACCAGGUGGCUACGAGGGAUAUUUUUUGUGCGAACCCCGGAUCUUUACAGAGAAACCAACGAUGCAACCGUGGGAGGACCGAAGGAUAUCGAGUUGUUAGGCGAAUCGACAGAGUUAUCAGCCAUCGCCCCCGGGCCGGGCCACGGAGGGGGAAGUUGGAGGAGGAGGAGGAAGAAGAGGAGCUGAAGGAGCUGAAGGAGCUAAAGCGGGUGAGACGAGACGAACAUGUCGCUCACGACGGCCCUGGCCGCCCUGUCGACGGUGUUCACCGCGCCGUCGGGUUGCGCGACCAGCACAUGGCUCUUCACGACCAACAAGGUGCCGUCCCAGUACCCGCCGCUGCCCACCGACGGCCCGGACCCGGCCUGCGACCCGCCGAGAUGGAAGGACAGCAUGGACGAGCGCGCGUACCACUUUUACUCACCCGCGAUAUGUCCCGACGGCUUCGCCGUCGGCGUCUCGUGCACGUCGGUCCAGCUGAGGACGAGCGAGGGCUUCCCGAGCGUCACCGCCGGCGAGACCGUAGCCUUUUGUGUUCCGAGCGGAUACACCUGCACCGCCGACACCACCGACUUUCGGGGCGGCGUCUGGGGCAUGACGCAGACGGCCACAACAUCCGGGGCGAGCGUCACCGUCGGCCCGGCCAUGCAGAUCCGGUGGCGCGACGUCGACCUGACGGCGCUCCAGACGCACCCGCUCACACCAGGCCUUGUCGUCGGCGCCACCACCUCGCCCGGGCAGCCGGCGGCCUCGAGCCAGCCGCCGAUUCGUAUUGUGCCCCCGCCGCCCAUCCCGUCGGUCCCGCAGCCAAGCACGUCGACGAGGAGCGGGCCCGACGUCGUCGUGGUGCCCGUGCCGACAACAUCGACGCUCUUGUUCACCACCCUCAGCACGUCUUCGAGAACUUCGGUCCCCGACACCCGGCCAGCCAGUUCCCCAUUGGUGACGCCUUCGUCCUCGACGGGGGGUCCGCUGGCCGGCACUACUACGGCCACAUCGAGGAUCUCGUCCACCCUACCCCCCUCUUCGCAAACAUCAAGUCCAAGCACUAGCGAAAACGCUUUGAUCUCGGGCCCAUCAAGCGGCGUACCGGUGGGGCCCAUCAUUUUGGCAUGUCUCUUGUCUAUUCUCUCCUUAGUGCUGGUCGCAUUUUUUCUCUUCAGGGGACGGCAAGGCCGAAAGGGGCCCGACUCGGGCCCGAUGCUGCCGGUUGGUCUAGGUGUGUGGGUCGGCCGCACAAAAGGGGCGCCGUGGAGGCGGUGGCUGCCGACAGGCCGUCCCAAAACCAGAGGUAUCGGAUCGGCCGACGCAAAGAGUGCCGCAGUAGGCAUGCCCGGCGGCCCGCGUCCGCUGGGAACGGCCGAGAACCCGGCCGAGCUAUGCGAGUACGGGAACAGAUAUGAAUCAGUCGAGGAGCAGCGCUGGAGCUGGGUGUCGCGCAUGUUCAGCAUACGGGCAGGCCGGGACGGUCGGCCAGGAUCAAUGACGGACGAGGAGUACGAGACCGGGACCGGACGGGACAGCAAGCGCACGACGAGGUCGUCGCGAUGGACGGCAUGGGACUCGGACGGGGCGGUGGGCGAGCAGCAGAUGAACUUGUCGGUGCCACCAGUGCCGGUGCCUAUGCCGCCACCAGUCUUGCUGGCGCCACCUCCAAAGUCGUUCAGCGCAAGGAGGAGCAUGGCGUCGGUGCAAACGACGAGGUCGAUGCGGUCGACAAAAACGCCCAUGUCGUUGCGUACAGAGGCGGCAAACAGAGCAGCAAGACAGUCUGCAGCGCACUUGUCUGUGUUUGGGGGUGGCGCGCCGCUCAGGUCGCCAAUGAAGUCGCCAAUGAAGUCACCCAUGAGUUCUCCGGGGAUAUCGCCCUUCUUAGCCCCAGAGCCCUCCCCCAGUCGGCUAAGCAGGAUAAGCGACGGGACCUUUGGUGGUUUCGGGGGUAAUCAUAGUGAUGACGAUAGUAGUAGUGUUGGUCGUACGAGAUCCCCCCGGGCAUCUCUAGGACCAUGA